CGUAGCAUCAAUCAUCUUCUCUUUCAUAUCACUGCUUCCUCUUUCUUCUUCGUCUUCACUCUCUCUUUGACGCCCUUUCAACAAUGCCUUCACACCGCUCUUUCAUUUCCCUUUUCACUCUCUUCAUCUUAAUCCCCAUACACUUCUCCACCUCCACCCAUUACCUAAGGUUACCGUUACUACCGAGGAGCCCACCUUCAUCGCCGGCGCAACUUCUCGCCGCUGACAUCCACCGUCUCUCCGCUCACCGGACUUCUCUAAAAUCCCCUCUCACCUCCGGCGCCGCCACCGGGUCCGGCCAGUACUUCGCCGACCUCCGAAUCGGAACUCCGCCGCAGCGCCUCCUCCUCGUCGCCGACACCGGCAGCGACCUCGUAUGGGUGAAAUGCUCCGCUUGCAAAAACUGCUCUAACCACCGACCCGGAUCCGCAUUCCUGCCCCGACAUUCUAGAACCUUCUCAUCACACCACUGCUACGACUCAUCGUGUCGACUCGUUCCCCGUCCGAGUCAUACCCCACCCUGCAACCAUACCCCAAUCCACACACCGUGUCGCUACGAGUAUUCCUAUGCGGACGGGUCCAUCACAAGCGGGUUCUUCUCCAAAGAAACGACGACGUUCAACACUAGCUAUGGUAGGGAAACGAAAAUUAAAAGCCUCGCCUUUGGGUGCGGGUUUCGGAUCUCGGGUCCUAGCGUUUCCGGGUCGAGCUUCAACGGGGCACAAGGCGUAAUGGGCUUGGGCCGCGGACCCAUAUCAUUUACUUCUCAAUUGGGUCGUAAAUUCGGGAAUCGAUUCUCUUACUGUCUACUCGACUACACCAUAUCCCCACCCCCGAAAAGCUACCUAACCAUCGGCGCUUACUCAAACGACGUCGUUUCCGGCAAGUUCAGCUACACGCCGUUGUUAACUAACUCCUUUUCUCCCACGUUUUAUUACAUUGGAAUCGAGAGUGUGUCCGUUGACGGCGUUAAGUUACCCAUAAGCUCUUCCGUUUGGGAUAUUGACGAUAACGGUAACGGCGGCACCGUCGUGGAUUCCGGCACCACGCUGACCUUUCUGCCGGAGCCGGCUUACAGGCAGGUCCUUGCGGCGUUCCGGCGGCGCAUGAGGCUUCCGCCGGCAGAGGGCCCUGCGCUUGGGUUUGAUCUUUGUGUGAACGUUUCCGGCGUGGCUAAGCCGAGGCUGCCGAAGCUGAGAUUCAAUCUCGCCGGAAAAGUGGUGUUAUCGCCGCCGCCGAGGAAUUAUUUCAUUGAGGUGGUGGAGUGGGUUAUGUGUCUGGCGGUUCAACCGGUUAAACCGGGUUCGGGGUUUUCAGUUAUAGGUAAUCUAAUGCAACAAGGGUACUUGUUUGAAUUCGAUAUGGACCGGUUGCGCUUAGGGUUCUCGCGUCAUGGGUGUGCGGUUCGCUAAAACCGAACCGGUUUUUCGUUUCUUUAUGGAGUAAAAAAAUGACACGGAUUUAAAUAU